AUAUACUAGUAAUCUGUGCUAAGUAGUCUGUGUUCUGUCCCGUUUGCUGUCCUGUAAGUUCUAUCGUAAUUCGUAGUAGAUGCAUUGUGCAGUAAAUAAUUUUCGAGCACCUGCUAAGUUAUUGAUGUCAUAAGGACUUUGCACUUACGUAGGAGUGAAUUACUUUAUAAUGUUAGUAAGACGGGUGAGACAUAACUUCCGAAAGUAUGGCGCAGUCAGCAGCAACUUUACAGCCAGAUAUUUGUCGAGCAUCGACAUACUUGAUAAGGAGGAACGACUUAGCGGGUGCAUAACUUCCUUGCCAUCGAAGACGAAAGUUGUAAUAUGUGGGGGAGGAGUGAUGGGGGCCGCUGUGGCCUACCAUUUGGCACGUCGAGGGUGGGGUGGCGAAACAAUAGUUAUAGAAAAAGAAAAAAUUGGUGCUGGCAGCAGAUGGCAUUCAUCGGGCUUAGUAGGUUCAUUCAAACCCUCCCUAGCUCAAGUACGAAUAGCUCAAUCUUCAAUAAAACUCUUGCAAGACCUUGAAGCACAAGGAAGAGCGACAGGAUGGAAGCAAUGUGGAUCAUUACUGUUGGCUCGGACGAGAGAUAGAAUGACUGUGUACAGAAGAAUGAAGAGUCAAUCAGUUUCGUGGGGUAUACCUUGUGAGCUUGUAAGUCCGAAACGCUGCCAAGAGAUAUGGCCAAUGCUUAACGUGGAAGAUAUAUUAGGGGGCUUGUGGAUACCUGGAGAUGGAGUAGGGGACCCACAUUUAUUUUGUAUGUCAUUGAUGAGAGAAGCAGUUGCCAAAGGUGUCGGAGUAAAAGAAGACUGUUCUAUACUUAGUGUUGAAUCCAAGAAUGGCAAAGUAUCUGGAGUCAACACCACACAAGGGUUUAUUGAGUGCCAAUACUUUGUUAAUUGUGCCGGUUUUUGGGCCAGACAGAUUGGGCAACUGGCUAAGCCACAAGUGAAAGUUCCCCUGCUGCCAUGUGAACAUUACUACUUGCACACAAAGAAAAUUGAAAAUUUGGACCCUAUGACACCAGUUGUGAGAGAUCCUGAUGGGUAUAUAUAUUUAAGAGAAAGAGAUGGAUGCAUCUUAGCCGGAGGAUUUGAACCAGUAGCAAAACCUGUUUAUGAAGAAGAAAUAACAAAUGCAGCGGAGCGAUGUAUACAAGAGGACUGGGAUCAUUUUCAUGUGCUACUACAGGAGCUUUUGAAACGUGUGCCGAGCUUAAACCAAGCUGUAUUACAUAAGCUAUGCAAUGGGCUGGAAGCUUUCUCCCCCGACUGUAAAUGGAUAUUUGGCGAGACUCCCGAGAUGUUCAAUUACCAUGUGGCUGCCGGGAUGAAAACAGUAGGUAUAUCCGCUGCUGGGGGAGUGGCAGAGGCGACUGUUGACGAGAUCGUCGACGGCUACACCAAAUAUGACAUGUACGAGCUAGACAUCAACCGCUUCUUGGGACUCCACAACAAUAAACGCUUCCUGAGAGACAGGAUGAAGGAGGUGCCUGGUGUGCAUUACGGGAUGCCGUAUCCGUUCUACGAGUUCGAGACUGGUCGCAACCUGCGUCUGUCCCCCAUCUACCCGACGCUCCGCGACAAUGGUGCGGUGUUCGGACAGGUUAUGGGAUACGAGAGGCCCACGUGGUUUGAAACUGUAGAUAAAUCGGAGUCGGAAAAGCCGUUGCCAUUCAAAAUAGCCCACACUAAAACGUUUGGCAAGCCGCACUGGUUUGAGACUGUGCAGCGGGAGUACUGGUCGUGUCGUGAGGCGGUGGGCUUGGCCGAUUACUCAUCAUUCACGAAAAUCGAUAUUCAGUCCCAAGGCAGAGAAGUGGUGGAUCUGCUGCAGUAUCUCUGUUCCAACGAUGUGGACGUGCCAAUCGGUAGUAUAAUACACACGGGCAUGCAAAACGAGCGGGGUGGCUAUGAAAACGACUGCAGUCUUGCCAGGAUAAGUGAGAACCACUACAUGAUGAUAGCGCCUACAAUACAGCAGACGCGCUGUCAGGUCUGGUUGAGAAAGCAUCUCCCAGCCAACGGCUCGGUGACUCUCUCCGACGUCACUUCCAUGUACACAGCUAUAUGUAUACUCGGGCCCUUCACCAGGAACUUGCUGUCAGAGCUGACUGACACUGACCUGUCACCGACAAAUUUCCCCUUCUUCACAUUCAAGGAGUUGGACGUGGGUUUGGCCAAUGGGAUCCGAGCUAUGAACUUAACGCAUACCGGAGAAUUGGGCUAUGUGCUGUAUAUACCUAAUGAGUUCGCACUCCACGUAUACAACCGUUUAAUGACGGUGGGUGAGCGGUAUGGCAUCAAGCACGUGGGCUACUACGCCACGCGUUCGCUCCGAGUGGAGAAGUUCUUCGCUUUCUGGGGACAGGACCUCGACACUAUGACCACGCCGCUAGAGUGCGGCAGGACAUGGCGAGUAAAAUUCGACAAAGACAUACCGUUUAUCGGGCGCGACGCGUUACUUCGCCAGAGGGAGGAAGGCAUCAGGCGGCAGUAUGUACAGCUGCUACUCACAGACCACGAUCACGAGUUGGACUUGUGGUCUUGGGGUGGCGAACCCAUUUACCGAGACGGGAACUAUUGUGGACAGACUACAACUACCAGCUACGGAUUCACUUUUAAGAAACAGGUCUGCCUAGGGUUUGUGCAAAAUCUAGACGAAAAUGGUGUCCCGCAGCGAGUCACUAAUGAUUACAUCCUCAGUGGCCAUUAUGAAAUAGACAUAGCUGGUAUAAGGUAUGCAGCCAAAGUGAAUCUUCAUUCACCAAACUUACCGACCAAGUAUCCAGACAAAGAGAGAGACGUGUAUCAAGCUACAAGAAGACACCACGAAAAUCAACAGUUCUUGGGCCGCCACUAUCAACCAUAAAAACAGUUAAUUUACAAUGUGCCCCAAAAGGAGCUGUUGUUGAAAGGCAGAUUUUUUUAUUGGUAUAAAUUAUCUUUUUCAUUGUACCAGUCAAAGACAGCAACAGCAACAUGAUUUGCCUUAAACAUG